GAGGACUACAUCUCCCAUGAUGCACUGCGCGGGGGCAAGGCGGAUACGCAACACGUCUUGAAAGUUUUUGUUUUUUUCUGAAAUGACAGAAGUGAGUUUGUGGCAACGCGUGUCUGCUACUCCUGAAGAGGCGCCUUCCACACUUUGCGACCAAGAUCAACCCCUUGAGAACUGUUCCAUGGUCUGUUGAGUGUCCUGAGAACUGUUCCAUGGUCUGUUGUGCGUCCUGAGAAGUGUUCCAUGGUCUGUUGAGUGGCAUCAGCACCAGUCAUGUACCAGGUGGUACCAGGGGGAGCGGGGGGCACCAUCACAGAUGUCAUCCCCAAGCAGAAGCACAGCAAGGACACCCGACCCAUCGUGGGCGCCGGAGUCCUGGGCCUGGUCCUGGUGAUCUCGGCGGUGGCGGCGUGGUCUUACUACAUCGCCUCGCUGCGGAAAGCUGAACUGCUGAAGACUCAGCUGCUGGACCUGAACAAAGAUGGCUACAUCAUCCGCAACCAGGGAGGGGCGAUUGUCUUCAGAAUGGACUUUAGAUCCGGGACUUUGGAUUUGGACUCUUGCACUAAAGAAGGGGAGCUCCUGAGCUGUGGACGGACCACUGACAGAAGUCUCAACUUCUUCAUCGAGACGGUGCGGCCCAAGGACACGGUGCAGUGCUACCGUGUGCGUUGGGAGGAACUGGUUCCUGACAUUUCUGUCGAGCACGCCAUGACGUACAAAUUCGCCCACUGGUAUGGCGGUGCGGUGUCAGCUAUCCAACACUGGCCCAUUUCCCUCUCUGGGCAACAGUCUCCAAAACCCUUCGUUACGAGUGACAUCUACACAAACCGCAAUGAGUUUGGAGGAAUCUUGGAGAGCUAUUGGCUUUCCUCCAAUGCCACGGCAAUUAAGAUUAAUAAUUCCGUGCCGUUCCAUCUGGGCUGGAAUGACACAGAGAAGACGAUGUACUUCCAAGCUCGCUACAAUGACAGUCCCUUCAAGCCAUACCCAGGGGAGGCUCCAUGCGCUGAACUGAGUUACCGAGUAUGCGUCGGCUCUGAUGUGACAUCCAUACACAAGUACAUGGUCCGUCGGUACUUCAACAAACCAAACAAAGUGCCUGCGAAAGCCAUGUUUCAGCACCCUAUUUGGUCCACAUGGGCGCAUCAUAGGACUGACAUCGAUCAAGACAAAUUUUUGAAAUACGCCGCCAACAUCCGCAAGUAUAAUUUUAACUGUAGCCACUUGGAACUAGAUGACCGUUACACGCCCCGCUAUGGAGAAUUUGAGUUUGACCCAAACAAGUUCCCCAAUGCCUCCUCCAUGUUUCAAAAGCUCAAAUCAGAUGGAUUUCUCGUGUCCCUCUGGAUCCACCCUUUCGUCAACUACGAUUCUGAGAACUUCCAUACUUGUGUGGAGAGGGGCCUGUUUGUCCGAGAGCCCACAGGCCGUCUGCCGGCUUUGGUACGUUGGAAGAACGGCAUCGGUGGAAUUGUGGAUUUCACCAACCCCGAAGCUCGAGAUUGGUUUGCCUCCCAGCUUCGGUCCUUCCGCUUCAGAUAUGGGGUAUCCUCUUUCAAAUUCGACGCGGGCGAAACCAACUACUUACCGUGGAAGUUCAGUACCAGAACUCCCAUCCGGGAUCCAAGUUUUUUCACGAGACGCUACACAGAAAUGGCUAUUCCGUACAACGACCGAGCAGAGCUGCGUAGUGGCUACCAAUCGCAGAACAUAUCCUGCUUCUUCAGGCCUAUUGACAGGGACUCUGUGUGGGGCUACGAGUUGGGGCUCAAAUCCCUCAUCCCCACAGUGCUCACCAUCAGCAUUCUGGGUUAUCAGUUUAUUCUACCAGACAUGAUCGGAGGGAACGCCUAUCUGAACCACACAGAUGGAAACAGGGCCUUACCCGACCGAGAACUCUACAUACGCUGGCUGGAGUUGUCCGCUUUCAUGCCCUCCAUGCAGUUUUCUAUCCCACCGUGGGCAUACGACAACGAGGUGGUUGAAAUAGCUCGCAAAUACACCGAUCUGCAUCAGAGCAUUGUGGCGCCACGAGUUCUGGAGCUGGCCGGCGAGGUGCUGGACACCGGUGACCCCAUCAUACGACCUUUGUGGUGGAUUGCCACGGGUGACGAGACGGCCUAUAAAAUUGACUCCCAAUUCCUGAUUGGCGAUGACCUCAUGGUCGCGCCUGUUUUAGAACCGGGGAAGCAGGAGCGUGAUAUUUACCUCCCCGCUGGUCGCUGGAAGAGCUAUAAAGGGGAAAGGUUCGAUAUCAAAGAGCCACUGCACCUCACAGACUACCCUGUAGACCUGGAUGAAAUUGCUUACUUUGUUUGGGUCUAGGACAGGGGUCGGCAACCCGCGGCUCCGGAUUCGCAUGCGGCUCUUUGAGCAUACUUGCAGACCCCCCGUUUUUUCCGUACGGUUUCAGAAUUUCAGUUUCUCUUCCAAAAAUCUCCGGGGCAAAUAUCCUCCGAUUUUCACCCGGACAACAAUAUUGGGGACGUGCCGCGAUGGCAAUGCCUUUAACGUCCUCUGGAACAUAACGCCACAUCCGAUUUCAUACCAUUCUUUCUGCGUCCCGGCCAAUCACGUGUAGUGUGCGACCUCUGUUGUCACACACAAGUGACUGCAAGGCAUACUUGUUCAACAGCCAUACAGGUUACAGUGAGGGUUGUGAUAUAAAAUACUUUAACACUCUUACUAUUAUGCGCCACACUGUGAACCCACACCAAGCAAGAAUGACAAACACAUUUCGGGAGAACAUCCGCACUGUAACACAACACAACAAAUACCCAGAAUCCCAUGCAUCCCUAACUAUUCCCGGCUACAUUAUAACCCCAAACCCCCGCACCCGUUGUUUUCUUCAUUUUGUGUAACGGGCCAAAAUGGCUCUUUGAGUGGUAAAGGUUGCCGACCCCUGGUCUAGAAGGAAGGCUUGGUUUGCAACUUUGCAGGGUUUUAGUCAUUUUGGCAAAGGACGCCUUUCAGGGCUCGUUGCAGUUCAGAUCUCACCUCAAGUGUUAAAUAUUUUUUUAGAAAAGAUCUCAAUCAUUAAUCCUGAAUUGAGUUAACUCAUGUAUAUCCGCCACUGUGGGAUGGCAAGGUACUUUAACGUGUAAGUCUUAUUUUCAAAAGGGAACACAAGUACUGUGAACCAAGUACUGUGGAACCUCGAUUUACCGACCUAAUUGGUUCUUGAACCUGGUUUGCAAAUUAAGAAGUUUGUAUAGUGGAGCCGAUUUCCCCGUUAGAAACAAUGUAAACAUGAAUAAAUGUUUCUAGCCUCGACAAAUGUCCCUAUUUUAUAAAAACUAUUUUUGCCCAAGUGUCCAAAACACAGCCAGCAAUGGUGCACAGGAAUGCGGGGAAGAAGAGGGGGGAAAGGCAGCCAAAAUGUUCAAAAGUCCCAAUUGUGUCCAAAAUACCUCCCCGGGGUUCCAGUCCCAAGAGUCCCGCCGCCGGCCACACAAAUCCCGGGAUACAAUAAAUGUCCCAAAACGCACCCAGCAAAGUCCCACGGGAAGUAGGGGGGAAAAAUUAGAAAAUUCGGCAAAAGUCCCCCAAAAUUUUCAAAAUACCUACCCAGGUUCGAGUCCCACCCGGGUUCGAGUUUGAGUUUGAGUUCACACUCGAACCCGGGUGGGACUUUUGAACAUUUCCCCAACUUUUCUCACUUUUCUCCCCACCUUCCCGUGGGACUUUGCUGGGCGCGUUUUGGACAUUCUGGGCAUCCCGGCCGGCGGCAGAACUUGUGGGACUCAAACCUGUGUAGGUAUUUUGGACAUUUUUGGGACUUUUUCUGACUUUUCCAACAUUCAUCCCCCCUCCCCAUGGCACUCGGCUAGGUGUGUUAUGGACAUUUUGGGCAUCCCGGGACAUGCGCGGCCAUACAUAAGAUUUUAUGUUAGAGUGUUUUACUUGUUUUAAGUGUUUAGGUCCUAAAUGAUCUCAGUAAGAUACUACAGCUUGUUUCCGACAUUUUAUGACCUAUUUUGAGUAAAAUAUGCUUGAAACUAUUUUUGCCCAAGUGUCCAAAACACAGCCAGCAAUGGUGCACAGGAAGGCGGGGAAGAAGAGGGGGGAAAGGCAGCCAAAAUGUUCAAAAGUCCCAAUUGUGUCCAAAAUACCUCCCCUGGGUUCCAGUCCCAAAAGUCCCGCCGCCGGCCACACAAAUCCCAGGAUACAAUAAAUGUCCCAAAACGCACCCAGCAAAGUCCCACGGGAAGUAGGGGGGAAAAAUGAGAAAAGUCGGCAAAAGUCCCCCAAAAUUUUCAAAAUACCUACCCAGGUUCGAGUCCCACCCGGGUUCGAGUUUGAGUUUGAGUUCACACUCAAACCCGGGUGGGACUUUUGAACAUUUCCCCGACUUUUCUCACUUUUCUCCCCACCUUCCCGUGGGACUUUGCCGGGCGUGUUUUGGACAUUUUGGGCAUCCCGGCCGGCGGCAGAACUUGUGGGACUCAAACCUGUGUAGGUAUUUUGGACAUUUUUGGGACUUUUUCUGACUUUUCCAACUUUCAUCCCCCCUCCCCAUGGCACUCGGCUAGGUGUGUUAUGGACAUUUUGGGCAUCCCGGGACUUGCGCGGCCAUACAUAAGAUUUUAUGUUAGAGUGUUUUACUUGUUUUAAGUGUUUUGCUCCUAAAUGAUCUCAGUAAGAUAUUACAGCUUGUAGCUGAGAUUUGAUGAAACUAUAUUGAGUAAAACAUGCUUGAAACGAGAAUAUCAAAUGUUGCAAAGCUGUGUCAUCAACAUUUACAAGUAUAAAACUACUUUUUAAAGUAAGAAUUUCUUAAUUUAAGAAGUAAAACAAAAUCAUGACUUUGACACAAUUGUUUCUUAUAUUAAAACAGAUGACAGCCAAAUAGACUUUGCCGUUUUAUAUUCAAUGAAACAAUAGAACGUACGUACUCGUAUACUGUAGUAGUGCACUUGUUAUUAGUGAGAAUAUACUUAUUUUAAGGUAUUUUUGGGUUCAUUGAAGUUAGCUAAUUUUACUUGUUUCUGAAAGUCUUGACAAGCCAAAUUUUCUUGUUCUAUUGGCAGAUAGUUUUGCGUAGUUCAAGUAAAAUACCCUUCAUUUUUGUAUUUUUUUUUUCUUGUUUUUGAACACUGACUUUUUGCAGUGUAAUUUUAGGAAAAUUAAUACAAAAACUCACAAAUAAAGUCUGAUUGAAUGAAAUUUUUUUUAUGACAGACCGCCUUAAAAACGGAAUGGUAUUUAAUUUUUUUUCUCUGAAGGAUAAAACCCUGAAUAUUGAGAACAUGUGAACGUCAUCACAUAUUAUUACCUUUUUCAUCACAUAUCACCUUUUUCAUCACAUAUUAUUACCUUUUUCAUCACAUAUCACCUUUUUCAUCACAUAUUAUUACCUUUUUCAUCACAUAUUAUUACCUUUUUCAUCACAUAUCACCUUUUUCAUCACAUAUUAUUACCUUUUUAAUCACAUAUUACCUUUUUCAUCACAUAUUAUUACCUUUUUAAUCACAUAUUACCUUUUUCAUCACAUAUUAUUACCUUUUUCAUCACAUAUGACCUUUUUCAUCACAUAUUAUUACCUUUUUCAUCACAUAUGACCUUUUUCAUCACAUAUUAUUACCUUUUUCAUCACAUAUGACCUUUUUCAUCAAAUAUUAUUACCUUUUUCAUCACAUAUGACCUUUUUCAUCACAUAUUAUUACCUUUUUCAUCACAUAUUACCUGUUUCAUCACAAAUUAUUACCUGUUUCAUCACAUUAUUACCUGUUUCAUCACAUAUUUUUACCUGAAUGCAUCAUUUUAAUUCAUACAAAAGUGGCCCUCUGAAGCCAGCUAUUACUGUGAUGUGGCCCUCAAUGAAAACAAGUUUGAGACCCCUGCUCUAGAGGUUCUUAAACCGAAAAGGUGGUGAAUCAAGUGGUUGGUAAAUAGAGGUUCUACUGUACAAUAUAAUGUUGCAACCGUGCAUUGAAGGAAGGUCAGAAAAGUAACAAUAAGAUCUUAUUUUCCAUCCAGAAUGUGGACUACCACGUGUAUAUUUGCACACUUCAAAGUAGUUAUGCAUCAGUCAUCAUUUUAAACUCUUCCUCAGGUAUCCUUUUUGUGCAUUUUAAAACACAUUUUAAUAGCCUGUAAUGUAUUUAUCUUAUAGUAACUUGAAUGUUUUUCUAAUUGUUUUAAUGUGAACUACAGUAUAAUAAU